AUGGUAUUGAGGGCAAAACAGAUAGUUGCAAAUAUCGCAUUUAUUAUCUCGAACAAUAAAUAUACUGGUGGUGAGGCCAGAGAUUUGGUGCAUAGUUGUCUUUGUUUGGCUCCCGCUGUUGGUUACAGGAAGUCUAUGGACUUGUUAAAGGAGAACUUUGGUAGUGACUACAAGAUAGCUACAUCUUUCGUUGAGAAAGCUUUGAGUUGGCCAGCGGUUUCUUCAGAGGAUGCUGAUGCUUUAAAGAAAUACUCACUGUUUCUGCAAGGAUGUCAGAACACAUUGUCUGACAUGGAAUUCAAUGAAUUGGAUCAUCCUACCAAUAUCAGGGAAUUGGUGAGCAAAUUGCCCUAUAAGCUAAAGUCAGCAUGGAGGAAACAUGCUUUUGAAAUCACAGAUGGAACUAAUGGCAGGCGUGUGAAAUUCAAUGACUUUGUCAAAUUUGUCAAUAAGGAAUCCAGGAUUCUCAAUGAACCAGUUUUUGGUAACAUUUCAGAUAAACCUAGUUCAUCCAGUGGUCAGAAUCAGAGUAAGAAAAGGGCAGGAAACAAAGGCACUGGCAAGAAAUCGAAGGGUACUUAUGCUACAUCGGUAACGGACGCCCAGUCUGAGGAGACGUCCAAGGUAAAGCUGACAUCAGUUAGUAAUAUUACUGGUAGGGUACAAUCAAGUGACACUUCUGUUAAAGGGACUAUUCAAGGAUGUGAAUUUUGCAGUGGUGGUAAUCACAGGCUAGAGACUUGUAACCAGUUACGAUCGAAGUCUCAUGGAGAAAGACUGGACUUUCUCAAGUCUAAAGCUCUCUGUUUUGGUUGUCUUCAGAAAGCUGGACAUUAUAGCAAGUUUUGUAGUAACAGGCUUACUUGUCAUAUCUGCUCGAAAAGUCACCCCACUGUUAUGCAUCGAAACCAAGAUGAAGAUAGGACAGGUAUUGCUUCAGGAAUUAGUCCUCGUGUCAAUAGCGGUUGUGCUGGUAUGGAAAAGCAAUGUGCCAUGUCUAUUGUACCUGUUGUUGUGAAGGCUGUUAACAGUGACAUACAAGUUAACGCCUAUGCAUUUCUAGAUUCAGGAAGCUCAGCAUCUUUCUGUACUGAGGAGUUGAUGAAAGGUCUAAAUCUGAAUGGAGUGAGGACAAAAAUCAAUCUCAACACAAUGACUGAUGUUUCAAAGCCAGUUGAAACGUUUUCAGUGAAAGGACUUGAAAUCUGUGGUUUGAAUUGUGACACUUUUGUGAAGUUGCCAGUAGUUUAUACUCGUCAAAUGUUGCCUGUAUCCAAGGAGGACAUUCCAACUCAAAAGGACUUAGAUAAGUGGUAUUAUCUUCAAAGGAUUCGCCUUCCGUCGAUUGACUCGGAUAUUGGUUUGUUGAUUGGUACUGAUGUUCCUAAGGCUAUGGAACCCUGGGACGUGAUUAAGUCUGAAGGAGAUGGACCCUAUGCAGUCAAGACAUUGCUUGGUUGGUCUAUCAAUGGACCCUUGAAAGGAUGUAAUAAUCCUACGUGUAGUUCUGCGACACCUGUUAGUGUGAGUUUCACUAAGGUAACCUUGGAUGAGCAGUUAAGGAACUACUACAACACUGACUUUAAUGAGAGUACAGUCAAUGACAAGGAAGAAAACUCAGUGGAGGACAAGAGAUUUCUUAAAUUGGUGUCUGAAUCAUGCAAGUUCGAGAAUGGUCACUACGUGAUUGGUUUACCAUUCAAACACGAUACUGUUGUUAUGCCAGACAACAAAAAACAAGCUGGGCAAAGGAUGGGUCUCCUGAGAAAAAGGUUUCACAGGGACAAUGAGUUUCAAGUUGAAUAUACAGCCUUUAUGAACAAUGUAUUUUCCAAAGGUUUUGCUCGUAAAGUGCCUGAGGAGCAGUUAGGUCGUAAUGAUGGCAGAGUGUGGUACUUGCCCCAUCACGCUGUGUACCACCCAACUAAGAAGAAAUUCAGUGUAGUUUUCGACUGUGGAGCCAGAUAUGGAGGAAUCUCGCUCAAUGACCAGUUGCUGCAAGGACCCAACUUGACCAACUCGCUGGUAGGAACAUUACUGAAAUUUCGAACUGAUGAGGUAGUAGUAAUGGCAGACAUUGUGUCUAUGUUUUAUCAAGCACGUGUACCAGAUGAUGAUGCCAGUCUCCUUCGUUUCUUAUGGUGGGAGGACAGCGACAUGGAGAAACCAAUCAUUGAGUAUCAAAUGGUUGUGCAUGUGUUUGGGGCAACUUCAAGUCCAAGUUGUGCAAACUACGCUUUGAGAAGGACGGCAAAGGACAACCAGGAUUACUUUCCAAAGGAAGCUGUUGAUGCUAUCCUGAACUGUUUUUAUGUAGAUGACUAUCUUGGGAAUUAUUCAUCAGGGGAAAUAGCUAUUCCUCUGAUAGCCAACACCAGAGAACUUUGUUCAAAGGGUGGUUUUCGACUCACUUAG